UGACUGACGUUUGAUCGAAACAAAGGCAAUGGGCAAAGUCAGAGCAAGAACAAGCCGAAACGCACAAUCCGCGAUGAGCGUCGACGACGACGCAUCGACAUCGGCCCACGACGCCAUGAUGGCUGAGCUGACCAUUGUCAUGAACGAGUCGCUCGUCAAUGCACAGCCACACAACGAGCAGCUGCGAGCGGCUGCAAUCCAGGCCAACGCAUCCAGCGCAAUGCUCAUCCAGGAGCACGCGCAGAACGUCCAACUUGCGCAAAUCAAGGAGCUGCAGCAGGCGCGUGGCGCGGCGACAAGCUCGCUCGAGCAGGCGGCGAUCGCUGCACGAGGCGGAUUGCCGCUCUCCAAGCAGAGCAAGCGCCAGUUGCGCCACGAGCAACUCAUGGCAAAGCUCAAUCUCAGCCAUCGCAACUUGCGCAAAUCUCAAACCAUCAAGACGCAUGGUGUCAUGGGUACGAUGGACGAGUUAGACGGUGCAUUGCCCUCGUUGAGCGUUGGCGCAGCGCUGUCGGCAACUUCGUCCAUCCAACAACGGGAUGGCAAGGCGCUGGUUCAGAAUGCGACCAAGCGUGUCAACUCGCGGAAAGGACGCAACCUCACAGCGUUGCGCGAGCUCCAGAAAAUGUCUGCCGUUCUCAAGCAUCCUGCUUUCCAAUCCAAUCCGUUUGGGGCAAUCCAACAGCACGUGUCCAACUCGAUGGCUGCCGUGGAGGCAGCAGCAGCGCCCGCACCUCAACCACCUCAACCCCAACGUCGGGCUGCAGCUCAACCCGCAGGGCGGACAUCGAGCGCAUCUACCAGCACUACUGUGCGCAAAGCCAAAGCGCGACAGGCAAUGGAAUCUUGAUGGUCGAGCGUUGAUCAUUCAAUACAGAGUUCAGUAUUCAAACAGGCAUCUUCCCUCAUGUCUACACUUGCUGGAUCUAUGUGCCAGCUAAUCGGAACCAUGUCGC